AUGAAAGUUGAAGCAACUAUAAUUCCAGCAGUAAGGGAAAGUAUCGUAACGUGCUUGCGACAAGGAGCGCCGCGCUUGGAGGGUCGUCAGUCGUUUGAAAAUUCACCUAGAAUUGUGAAAUUGAUCACCUAUGGUACUUCUGAUCACAUUACCCUUAUGGAUGCACCAGAGUCGAAUAAUGCAUCGAAGAUACUACCUGGGACUGGUCAAAAAGCUGCUGAGGAUCUGCUCAUUCAAAUGAUCGACAAUGGUCCGCGUGAAUUCGAGUUUGACAGAGUGCAACUCAUUGAGGUUUUGCGCCUAGCAGCCGCUCUUUUCCUGUCGGAAGACACUUUACUUGAGAUACCUGUGCCCUGCAUUAUUUACGGAGACACUCACGGACAAUACUCAGAUCUUUUAAGAUGGUUUAACUUGAACGGUUGGCCACAUGAGACGAGAAGCGUCUUCCUUGGAGAUUUUGUUGACCGUGGCGCACAUGGCGUUGAGCUGUUCACUCUGAUUGUAUGUUUGAAGGUAUGUGUGUAUUAUGCUGAAAAUAUGACAUUUAUCGUAAUUUACCCUGCACGCACCGGGCAGUUCUAAAU